AUGGUGCAGCAGCGCGGCCCGCGGGGCCGGGGCGCAGAGGCUCGUCGGGAGCCCUGUGCCCCGUUACCCACUCGUGACACGGAACCGGCGUGGUGCAAAACGCCGAGCGGGCACAUCAAGCGCCCCAUGAACGCCUUCAUGGUCUGGUCCCAGCACGAACGCCGCAAGAUCAUGGACCAGUGGCCGGACAUGCACAACGCCGAGAUCUCCAAGCGCCUGGGCCGGCGCUGGCAGCUCCUCCAUGACUCGGAGAAGAUCCCCUUUGUGAAGGAGGCUGAGCGCCUGCGCCUCAAGCACAUGGCCGACUACCCCGACUACAAGUACCGGCCACGGAAAAAGGGCAAAGUGGGCACGGCCGCGGCCCGCCCGCGCCUCCCGGUGAAGAUCAAGCCCUCGGUGCUGGGCCGCGUCUCCACCGGCCGCAGGCAGACCGCCAAGACGCUCACCGGUCACGAUGCCCCCAAGGAACCCACUCAGGAGGUGCCCACUGAGGACUGCCCCACGGCACCCAGCAUGGCACCCACCGGGGAGUGUGGCUCCCAGGAGCCCCCCGCGCCUCCCAGCCUCGCUGCUGCCUGCCCUGAGCCGGGGAGGUCUCCAGAGAGUGGUUCCCCUUCUCCCAUGUCAGCUGGGUCACCUCCCUCCUCCUUCAGCUCCUCCGAUGAGGAGCUGGAGGAAGAGCUGCUGGGGGUCCUGCCGGAGCGGGUGGCCACUGGUUCCACCAGUGGUGGCCUGGACUGGUCUGUCUUCGACAAGGACCACGACCUCUUCCCACGGGGAAGCUCCUCACACUUCGAGUUCCCGGACUAUUGCACACCCGAGGUGACGGAGAUGAUAGCAGGGGACUGGCUCAUGUCCAGCAUCUCGGACUUGGUCUUUACCUACUGA